GAUGCAUUUCAUCUUCUCAGAUGAGGCUGUGCUUCUGUUUGAUUUCUGGAGAGUCCACAGUCCUACAGGGUUUAUGGUAUACCUGAAUGUGAAAAAGAGUAUGCCUCUAGGCGUACACCCCUCCAUUUGCAAGAAAUCUUUAUAGAGAUGUGUGCACAAUGUGGGGGAGCUAUUUGGAUGGUGCUGUGUAGCUUCUUCACCCUCAACCCCUGGCUCUGCCAGAAUGAGAACCACAUUCCAGCAUGUCAGAACUACUAAGAAAUGUCUAGAGAAGCAAGGGGAUGAUGAAGGUCUGAGCUUACUGAAGGUGAGAAGGAAGAGACCAGUGGCUGGAGUGGAGAGGGGGCUGUCCCGACUCCCGCCACAGCCCCCUGGCAUGGCCCUCUCAGUGCUGGUUGUCUUGCUCCUGGCUGUACUGUAUGAAGGCACCAAGGUUGCCAAAGCCAAGUUGCUCCACAAGACUCUGGAGAACCUGCCUAAUACGACUAGCCAGCAGCUCAUCCUGGAAUCAGACCAGGACUCUACAGGCUCCAGAUCAACUCCAGCCGAUGGCCACCGCCUCAGGUGGUUUUUGUGUUACUUUGGCCAGUCCCUAGUCCAUGUCAUUCAGGUGGUCCUUGGCUACUUUGUGAUGCUGGCUAUAAUGUCUUACAACACCUGGAUUUUCCUCGGUGCGAUCGUGGGCUUGGGUGUGGGCUAUUACCUAGCCUACCCACUUCUCAGCAUGACUUAGUGGGCCAGUAGGUGCUGAGAGCUGGAGAGAGCUGGGGCCCGCGCUCCAGGCACUGUACUUCCAGCUGCUGUUUCUUAUGAUGGCCAUUGCUCACCUCUUUCCCAGUUCCUGGAAGCAAUGAGCUGAAGCCAGCAAAUGGUCCAUGGAGCUUAGAGGCCAUUGGAGCUACCUCCCCUCCCAACCUGGACUACAAAGGGCCCAGGCCUCCUGUGGUGCCUUAAGCAAGUGGCUGUGACCAAAGGGAACAUGGAAGAGACUGGAACCUGGAGGCAGAGUAGCCAGGCUGUGAUCAUAGAUCUCAGACUGCAAAUUAAAAUUUUCCAGAGAGCUUCAGUGAGGAAGGCCAUGGAACCUGGAUAACCUCUUCUGCUUUGUGCCUUAAUGCCAGGGGCAUCUCCAGUCUUGGGGGAUGGACCAUGCCAGCACCUUCUCACCUUUUUGCCUUGGAACACAUAAAGACUGCCAUUGACAAAACAAGUUUUCGCUUUGAACUCCUGAUUGGCAAUUUUGCACAUCCAUACAAAACAAAGUUCCUAAUGAACUCACUGUGUUCAUGAUGACAGCUGUACCUGUGGCAGGUCAGUCUUGUGACCAGGGCCUUCCCCAGUCCUCUUGUCUGCAUCAUAGCGAACAGCAUUUCCUAACAGAGCUGGCUGCCUCUUACUUCUUACUUGUCUUACCUAAUGUCUUGGUAGGGAGCCAUGAGUCAGUCACUGCAGGACUGAUUGGGCAGGGGUGUGUGGGGGAGGGGUGCUGACAGGUGCAAUAAGCAGUCAAACCAAAGCCAGGUCAUGUUAAGAGUUAAGUGAACUCCAGGUAUUUGAGCCUUUUCUCUUUACAGAAAAAAGUUAAGAGACAGGAAUGGGGAGACAUACCUGUAAUCCCCAGGAGGCUGAGCCUGGAGAUCAUGGGCUUGAGGGUGGCCUAGUCUACAUAGAGGUCCAGGCUAGCCUGGGAUGCUUGGUGAAACAUACACACAUACACACAUGGCAGUCAUUGCUUCAUGUAUAGUGUCUAUAUUCAAGUACCUUACUGACUCAAUGAAAAGAUGGUUUUAAGCUUUGGGAAUUAUAAACAAAUACACUUUAAUAAAUUUCUAUUUUGAACAGUC